ACAAGAAGACAUGUAUGGGGAUUGGAGAGUAGAGACUAACGAGGGCAGUGAGAGUAAAUUCUGUACCACAAAUUUCAUUAAUGUGAAACCUACUUUCCGACAAGGAAGUUGACUUAGUCCGUCUACACCUUUUGUCUGCUCCGGCGACGGCGAUACUUCUUUGAACUCUCCAUUUUUCUGCCCUCUCUAAUUCCCAUUUCCCAGUCCCAAACAUAAACCAUGAAAUCAGGCUAAUUAAGGGUAGGAGAAAAAAUCCAUGGAGAAUUAUUCUCCCCCCUUCUUCUUCUUCCUUCUCCUCUUCAUCUCCUCGCUUUUCCUUAAAAUCUCCGGCGAAACAGACACUAUAACAUCCACCCAAUCCAUCAGAGACGGCGACACCAUUGUCUCCUCGGACGGAACCUUCGAGCUAGGAUUCUUCACUCCCGCGAAUUCCCAGAACAGGUACGUGGGAAUCUGGUACAAAGUCACGGAUAAAACUCCGGUCUGGGUUGCCAAUAGAGAAGCGCCAUUGAAGAACAAAUCAGGGGUGUUGAGGUUUAAACCCGCCGGAGUUCUUUCCCUCCUCGACGAUUCCAAUCAAACCAUUUGGUCCACGAACUCCUCCGGCCAAUCCCCGAAAAACCCGGUCGCGCAGUUGCUAAAAACAGGGAAUCUCGUCGUCCGAGAAGCGGACGAUGAAACCCCGGAGAAUUUCAUCUGGCAGAGCUUCGAUUACCCGAGUAAUACGUUGUUGGCCGGAAUGAAGCUCGGGAAAAACCUGGUAACCGGCCUGGAAAUGUUCCUCUCGUCCUGGAAAACCCCGGACGAUCCUUCCCCGGGCGAGUACACAUACCACUGUGACAUCACAGGGUACCCGCAGGACCUCCUGAGAAAAGGGUCCAAAGUGGUCUACCGAGCCGGGCCGUGGAACGGGCUCCACUGGAGCGGCGCACCCAACAUGGUAAACAACACCAUGACAACGUUCGGGCUGGUCAUGAGCAAGGACGAGGUUUACUACAUAUACAAUCUAGUAAACAAAUCCGUAAUUUCAACUCUAGUCGUGAAUCCCGACGGGGACACGGGGCGGAAAACAUGGGUGGAUAAGAUUCACGCCUGGACUAAUUAUCACUCCACAAAAGCAGACGAUUGUGAUACUUAUGGACUAUGUGGCCCUUAUGGUACCUGUAACAUUCUUGACGCUCCGCUUUGUCAGUGUUUCGGGAAAUUUGUGCCGAAACAUCAGGGCGAUUGGGACAGCGCGGAUUGGUCGGCGGGUUGUGUUCGAGAAGUGGGUUUGAAUUGCAGCAGUGAUGGGUUUCUGAGGUAUAGUGGUGUGAAACUGCCUGACACGAAUAUUUCCUGGUACAAUCGAACUAUGUCGUUGGAGGAAUGUAGGGAUGUUUGCAAGAGAAACUGUUCGUGUAUGGCUUACACGAGUUUGGACAUUAGGAAUGGAGGGAGUGGGUGUUUGAUCUGGAUUGGGGACCUGGUCGACACCAGACAACUUUCUGAAGAUGGACAAGAUAUCUACGUUAGAAUGGCCUAUUCCGCCUUAGAUUCUGAAGAUGGGUCAUCUGGGAAAAGAAGAAGAGAGAUUCUUACAGUGGGUUUGCCAUUAAUAAUUGCAGCAGUUUUUGUAGUCCUGGGGUUAGGCACAGUGCUUUAUUUCAGGAAAAGGAAGGAGGAGGAUCUCCCAGAGCACACAAAUAAUGUUAUUCCUGCCCACAACAACAAGAGGGAUUCCAGUGGUCCGACGAACACUGAUGAUCUCGAGCUGCCUCAAUUCGAUCUGUUUAGAAUAACUCAAGCUACAGACAGUUUUUCACUCAACAACAAGAUAGGAGAGGGCGGCUUUGGACCUGUUUAUAAGGGGGUGCUAGAAGGGGGGCAAGAAAUAGCAGUGAAGCGACUAUCAGAAACAUCAAAACAAGGGCUCGAUGAGUUCAAGAACGAAGUAAUUUGCAUUGCAAAAUUGCAACAUCGGAAUCUUGUGAAAUUGUUGGGAUGCUGCAUUCAAGGACAAGAUGCAAUGUUGGUGUAUGAAUACAUGCCUAAUAAGAGCCUGGAUUUAUACAUUUUUGAUCAAGAGCGGAGUGGAUUGCUUGAUUGGCCAAAACGCUUCAAUAUUAUCAAUGGCAUAGCUCGGGGACUUAUGUAUCUUCAUCAAGACUCCAGGUUGAGAAUUAUCCAUCGAGACUUGAAAGCCAGCAAUGUUUUGCUUGACAUUGACAUGAACCCAAAGAUAUCAGAUUUUGGAAUGGCUAGAAGUUUUGGAGGGGAUGAGACCGGAGCCAACACUCGUCGCGUGGUUGGAACAUAUGGAUAUAUGUCACCAGAGUAUGCAGUUGAUGGGAUAUUCUCAAUAAAGUCAGACGUGUUCAGUUUCGGUGUCUUGGUAUUAGAGAUCCUAAGUGGAAAAAAGAACAGAAAAUUCGUUCAUCCAGACCAUCACCUAAACCUCCUUGGACAUGCAUGGAUACUCCAUAAAGAAAACAGGUCACUGGAACUGGUGGAUCCAAUGCUCGUGGAUUCAUGCCAUCUAGGCGAGAUGACUAGAUCGAUCCACGUAGGAUUGCUGUGCGUGCAGCAAUCUCCGGAAGAUAGGCCGAACAUGUCUUCUGUGGUGUGGAUGUUGAGCAAUGAAUGUGUUCUGCCAGAACCCAAGCAGCCUGGAUUUUUUACAGAGAGAAGUGUGGCUAUUGCUGAUCAAUCCAGUUGGAGCACAAACACACCAAGUACUGUAAAUGACAUGACCAUUACAUUGUUAGAUGCUAGAUAGCACAAAUUUGUUCUUUUCUGCACGUUACUACGAGUAUAAUACCACAAUAUUAUACCAAUCUCUUAUGCACUUUCAAUUUGAUUAAUAUAUUUUUUUUUGGUGAGAAACA